UUAAAUCGUAAAAAUGCAUUUUAUAAUUUUUUUACUUGUCACGAGCAUUCAAACAUGGAAUAUAGCUGGUAAUUAUUACUCUGACUGCACUUAUGAGAAUACCUAUAAUUUACCUGAUGAGUAUACAGCUUCAGGAAUUCUUGCAUUUGGUGAUUCCAUGCUUGAUACAGGCAACAAUCUCUAUAUACCAUUAACUCCUUUAAAAUCCAAUUUUUGGCCAUACGGUAUCGAUUUUACGGUAACAUAUCCGUCCGGCAGGUUUUCUAACGGAAAAAUGCUACCCGAUCUUCUAGCAAGGUAUUUAGGAGCAUGUGCCCUAUCCGAUAUUAUUUUACCUUAUUUAAGUCCAAAUAUACAACCUCUAAAUCUUCUUGAUGGAUUAUCUUUUGCUUCGGCGGGCGCAGGAUAUGAUAUUUUAACAAGCACUUUGAAGUCAUCUAUAUCAUUAGAAGAUCAAAUAAAAAAUUUGAAAGAUUUUAAUGUGAAGUUGUCCAAAACAUAUGGUAAUUUAUCAAAAGAGAGCUUCUAUAUCAAAGCCAUGGCUUUUGUGUCAGCAGGCACUGAAGAUAUUAUCAACUAUUUUCCUUCAAGUUCCAGGAGUGUCCAAUAUGAUAUUAAUGCCUAUACUGAUCUCUUAGCACAAACUUCCUUUAAUUUUGUCAAAAAUUUAAUUGAUCAAGGAGUAAGAAGGAUCGGAGUUUUUGGAGUACCACCAAUUGGAUGUUUUCCAUUAUAUAGAAGUCCAGGAUUAUGUGAUGAAACUCUGAAUAAGGCAGCACUUUUAUUAAAUUCUAAAUUGUCUCACAAAUUGGCUGAUCUUGGUGCCGAAAGCCAACUUAAUAGCACCCAAAUUGUCUUUAUGAAUAUUUACGAGGACUAUAUGAGACUUAUCCAAAAUGGAACAAAAUAUGGUUUCGACAUUGUAACUAAAGCAUGUUGUGGAAUAGGAAAUUCAGAUACUAAAUAUUUAUGUAAUAAAAUAAAUCCGAGCCUAGGUGACAUGAAAGGACUUAGCUAUUUAUUUUAUGAUGGCCAUCAUCUUACAGAAAAAGGAUACAGUAUACUUGCUUUAUUUAAUUUCGCUAAAUAUAUGGACAAAUUUACAAAACCUUAUUGAAGGAAAUCAUAGUAUAGUUUUCCUCAAAAACAAAAAUAAAAAAUAUUAGUGAAGUUUCUGAUCAGAGGAAUUUUAAGAAAAUUUCACUUUAGACAAAUUUUUGUAAUUUUUUUUGUUUUAAUAGUUCUAAAUUAAAUUGUAUUACUUGUUUAGUA